GUUUACCCGGAGCCGCGCACCGAGAGCGAGUGCCUGAGCAAUAUCCGCGAGUUCCUUCGAGCAUGCGGCGCCACCCUUCGCGUGGAGACCUUUGAUGCAAAUGAUCUCUAUCAAGGACAGAAUUUCAGUAAAGUGCUCAGUUCCUUGGUUGCACUAAAUAAAGUAACAGCAGAUAUUGGUUUAGGGAGUGAUUCUGUGUGUGCAAGGCCAUCGUCUCACCGGAUAAAGUCUUUUGAUUCCUUGGGAUCCCAGUCUUUACAUAGUAGAACUUCAAAACUGUUUCAAGGCCAGUACAGAAGUCUGGAUAUGACAGAUAACAGCAACCACCAACUAGUGGUAAGAGCUAAAUUUAAUUUUCAACAGACAAAUGAAGAUGAACUUUCUUUUACAAAAGGAGAUAUUAUCCAUGUUACAAGAGUAGAAGAAGGAGGCUGGUGGGAAGGAACUCACAAUGGCAAAACAGGAUGGUUCCCCAGCAAUUAUGUGCGAGAAGUAAAAUCCAGUGAAAAACCUGUCUCUCCCAAAUCAGGAAGCCUGAAAAGUCCUCCGAAAGGGUUCGAUACAUCUGCUAUUAGCAAAAGCUAUUACAAUGUGGUGCUUCAGAAUAUUCUGGAAACAGAAAAUGAAUACGCUAAGGAGUUACAGACUAUGCUUUCUAGCUAUCUACGACCCUUACAAACUAGUGAAAAAUUAAACUCUGCAGAUACUUCAUAUUUAAUGGGAAACCUAGAAGAAAUUAGUUCUUUUCAACAAAUGCUUGUACAGUCUUUAGAAGAAUGCACUAAGUUGCCUGAAGCCCAGCAGAGGGUUGGCAGUUGCUUUCUGAAUCUCAUGCCACAAAUGAAAAACUUAUACCUUACAUAUUGUGCCAAUCACCCAUCAGCAGUAACUGUUCUUACAGAACACAGUGAAGAGUUAGGAGAAUUCAUGGAGAUAAAAGGAGCCAACAGCCCUGGGAUUCUUGUACUGACCACAGGCCUGAGCAAACCUUUUAUGCGUCUAGAUAAAUAUCCCACGUUACUCAAAGAGCUUGAAAGACACAUGGAGGAUUAUCAUCCAGACCGACCAGACAUUCAGAAAUCCAUGACAGCUUUCAAAAACCUUUCUGCACAGUGCCAAGAAGUACGGAAAAGAAAAGAACUUGAACUCCAGAUAUUAACUGAAGCCAUCCGGUGCUGGGAAGGAGAAGACAUUAAAACACUAGGAAAUGUAAUUUACAUGUCACAAGUCAUGAUUCAGUGUGCUGGCAGUGAGGAAAAAAAUGAAAGAUACCUUCUUCUCUUCCCUAACAUUUUGCUGAUGUUGUCUGCCAGCCCUAGGAUGAGUGGGUUUAUCUACCAGGGAAAGCUCCCGUUGACAGGGAUGACCAUCACAAAGCUAGAAGAUAGUGAAAAUCACAGAAAUGCAUUUGAAAUAUCAGGAAAUAUGAUAGAGCGGAUAUUGGUAUCUUGUAAUAAUCAACAAGAUUUGCAUGAGUGGGUGGAUCAUCUGCAGAAGCAAACAAAAGUAACAACUGUUGGGACUCCUGCAAUUAAACCACAUUCUGUCCCAUCUCAUACGCUUCCAUCUCAUCCUGUAACACCAUCUAGCAAGCAUGCAGAUAGCAAGCAAAUGCCGAUGACUCCUGUCUAUCACACACUUCCACACCCUUCACAUCAUGGGACACCUCAUACUACUAUAAACUGGGGACCACUGGAGCCACCUAAAACUCCCAAGCCAUGGAGUUUGAGCUGUUUACGACCUGCACCUCCAUUAAGGCCUUCAGCAGCACUCUGUUAUAAAGAGGAUCUCAGCAAAAGCCCUAAAACCAUGAAAAAGCUGUUGCCCAAGCGAAAACCUGAACGGAAACCAUCAGAAGAAGAAUUUGCUCUGAGAAAAAGUACAGCUGCAUUAGAAGAAGAUGCUCAGAUUCUAAAAGUCAUUGAAGCUUACUGCACAAGUGCCAAAACACGUCAAACAUUAAACUCAACAUGGCAAGGCACUGACCUGAUGCAUAAUCACGUCUUGGCUGAUGAUGACCAAUCCAGUCUAGAUUCCUUGGGUCGUCGCAGUAGCCUUUCUCGUUUGGAGCCUUCCGACCUCUCUGAAGACUCUGACUAUGACAGUAUAUGGACAGCUCAUAGUUACAGAAUGGGCUCUACAUCUCACUCCCGUAAAGAAUCUGCUCCCCAAGUACUGCUUCCAGAGGAAGAGAAAAUUAUUGUAGAAGAAACAAAAAGUAAUGGUCAAACUGUGAUAGAAGAAAAAAGUCUUGUUGACACAGUAUAUGCAUUAAAGGAUGAAGUACAGGAAUUAAGACAGGACAAUAAGAAGAUGAAGAAAUCGCUGGAAGAAGAGCAAAGAGCUCGCAAGGAGCUUGAAAAGCUUGUCCGGAAAGUUCUAAAGAGUAUGAAUGAUCCUUCUUGGGAUGAAACCAAUUUAUAACAAAUUUAUUACUGAUUUUUUUCUUUCUAUUGAAAGACCAGUUGUCAAAUCAAACUGGGAAGCAUUCUGAUAUUUAGUCAGUGUUGCAUAUAGAGCACUACAAAACAGGACUUAACUGGAUUGAAUGAAGCUUGUCUCAAUAUAUAAUAAUAUUCAGUCCAUUUAUGAAGCUGUCUUUACUUAAGUGUAGAUAGCAUGGACCCUGAACUUGACCUAUCCUUACUUGUUUCCAUUUAAAUUGCCUCAUUUUGCAGCAGGUGCAACAGCUGGAUAAGAAAUCCAUGUCCCUCUUGUAAAUAUUUGUAAUUUUGAACUUGUAUGUGAUCAGUGUAUCAGGACUGAUAUAGUAUUAUAUUGUCUUCCUGUAAUGAUUUCAGCUAAGCAGCAAACAUAGCAGUGGCUGAUGAUGCGCUCCUAAAAUUUACUGAAAAUUAUAUACUGUUAGAUGAAUUGUUUUGAAUUUUUCAUUAUUAGGCAUUAGUUACAAAACAUUUUUGGUAAUUCCCAACAUACUUCCCAGUAUUCAAUCUAUUUUAAUAAUUUAAUUACAUUUAUUUAUGUCUGUUUAAACCUUCAGACACCAUUUUAACAUUAAAACUACCAACCUGUCAGUGCAGUAAACUGUCAAUUGGCACCAUUUCAUAUUAAAGGUAAUAUGUUAAGACUCAAGACUUAAUGUUUCUUUUAGCAUGUUAACAUACAGAAUAGCCAGUUAAGACAAAUGUGCUUGCUCUUAUUUUUAGUGGCUAGUUCUUAGAUAAUUUGUAUAUUAGAGUUUACAGUAGUUGUGCAUAUAUUUAACAAACAACUGGCAAAUGUUCUAAUGAAUCACUUGGUACUGUUGUCAAAAGAAUUCAAGUCAAUGAUGUGUAAGCUUGUUUUGUGAAAUAAAUGUAUUAUUUAUU